CGGCCCACUAAGGGCUCUGACGAAUACUGGUCGUUUGAAACCCUAAGGGAGAACAAACUCUUAUUUGUUUAAUACCUCAGCCUCCUCCUCCUCCUCAUUUUUCAGCUUCUCCUUCGCCGUUCGCUUCUCCGUCCAAACCAACAUGGCGCCGAAGAAGGACAAGGUUCCACCGCCGUCAUCUAAGCCGGCCAAAUCCGGAGGUGGAAAGCAGAAGAAGAAGAAGUGGAGCAAGGGGAAGCAAAAGGAGAAGGUGAACAACAUGGUGUUGUUUGAUCAGGCUACUUACGACAAGCUUCUCACUGAAGCUCCCAAGUUCAAGCUCAUCACUCCUUCCAUUCUCUCUGACCGUAUGAGGAUUAACGGUUCUCUAGCAAGGAGGGCGAUUAGGGAGCUGAUGGCCAAAGGUGUGAUCAGGAUGGUCGCUGCUCACUCUAGCCAGCAGAUCUACACUCGUGCCACCAACACUUAAAAAAAAUAUGUUUUGUUCGUGAUUGAGCUUUGGCCUUCGAUUUGUUUUUGGUUACAUUGUUUGAUUACUUCUUCAGGAACUCGAUAGAAUACUGGUUUUGGUUCCGUUUAAGAUGCAUUGAGAUUACUAAAUUUGAUUCAACCAGUGGCUUCAUUUGUUAA